GACCCCAAGGCUCCACCAAAACCUACCCUUGCCUCAUGUUUCGCAAAUUUUACACUUCUUUCUCUCUCUCAAUACCCUUCUUUUCUCUUCCUCUCCUCCCCAAGCAACCAACGCUCACACCCUUUGUCGCAAAGCCCCAAAAUCUUCCCAGAAGAUUGCUCUUCACUUCUGCAGCAAAAAUGGCUGAUGCCCAGAAGCCCCAUCCCAUCCCUGCCCUUGACAAAGCCUCAAAACUCGAAUUACUCCGUGCCCUCGAGUCCUCUACACGCACCACCUUCAGUUCUGACUCAAUCUGCCCCUCCCCAAGUCCUCUAAUCAUUGUCAUUAGCGGUCCUAGUGGGGUGGGUAAAGAUGCAAUUAUCACCAAACUAAGAGAAGCACGGGAAAAUCUCCAUUUUGUUGUCACUGCAACAAGCCGCUCAAAGCGUCCUGGAGAGAUUGAUGGGAAAGAUUAUUUCUUUGUGUCAAAGGAGGAGUUUUUGUCAAUGGUGAAAAACAAUGAGUUGUUGGAGUAUGCUUUGGUUUAUGGUGAGUACAAAGGAAUACCCAAGAAGCAGAUUAGAGAGUACAUGGCAAAGGGGUUCGAUAUUGUUUUGAGGGUGGACAUACAAGGGGCACAGACGCUGAGGAAGAUUCUCAAGGAUUCUGCAGUGUUCAUAUUUUUGGUAGCAGAGAGCGAGUUGGCACUUGUGGAGAGGCUGAUUGGGAGGAAAACUGAGAGCGAGGAGGAAUUGCUUGUGAGGGUUGCAACAGCGAGGGAGGAGUUGAGGCAUGUCAAGAACUUUGAUUAUGUGGUAGUGAAUUCACAGGGGAAACUUGAUGAUGCAGUGAGGUUGGUAGGUUCCAUUAUUGAUGCUGAGAAGGCUAGGGUUGGGCAGAGGAGCGCGGUGAUUUGAUUUCUGGACAGGAUUUUGAGUUCACAUUUAAAGGUACCUUGAUAGCUCUAAUGCUUUCUAAGUUUCCUUUAUUGUUCUAAAUUUGAUUUACAUUUUCAAAGUGCAUGCUUAGAAGGGAAUUUAUUAGGCUGCAAGAUGUAAUGCAUUUGAACUUUGAAGUUUUCUUUGCAGUGCAUUAUAUUGUAGUGAAUGGAAUCUAGGUUAUAUUUAUUUAAGUUGUUAUUAUGAGUCUUAAGGUCUGAUGUUUCAUAUGAAUUCCAGACUGAUUAGCUGGACUGCAGCCUGCUUAGUUGAAUUAGAUUGCCCAAUGAGUACAGCAGUUCAAAUUU